CCCUGAAGUUUUGGACGUUAAAUGAAACGAGAGGGAGCGUACUUACGGAGUUUCACUUUGAGAUGAGUGCUGUUUUUAUUAUUAUUAUUAUUAUUACUUACGGUAUAUAAAGUAAUAAUAAGUCAACAUUUGUGUUUGUAUGGCGGGUGAGGCGUUCGGGACUAGUUGGGCGACGACAACUUGUGACUCACUCAGUGGACGGCAUUGUUGAGUGUCAGCAACCAGGAAACUUGUGAGUGACUUGCGACGAUCAGGGUUUGAAUUUGUUGCUUUUGUGACUCCGACAUGGAGCCGACCAAUCUGCAGAAGGCCAUAACAGUGGCGCAGAAGGCAGCGCAAGAGGACCAGGCGGGGAACUACGAAGAGGCUAUUCGCUCCUACAAACACGCUGUCAAAUACUUUCUCCACAUUUUAAAUCGUGAACCCCAAGGUAAAGAUGGCAAUCAGAAAAUCAGGGACAAAUGUAAGGAGUACCUGGACAGAGCGGAAGAGCUACAAGAGUACCUAGUGUAUAAAGAGAAAGCCAUCGAUCUUGCCAGCAAGGCGGCUCAAGAGGAUAAAGCUCAAAACUAUGAGGAAGCUCUGCGAAUGUAUCAGGCUGCUGUACAGUAUUUCCUACAUGUGGUCAAAUAUGAAGCCCAAGGUGACAAAGCUAAACAGAGCAUCCGCGCGAAAUGUGCCGAAUAUUUGGACCGGGCAGAGAAGUUGAAGGAGUAUCUCAAGAAAAAGGAGAAAGCUCCGCCUGCUAAGCCUGUCAAAGAGUCUGAUGACAAAGGGAAUGAAAGCGAUGACGGUGAUGAUCCCGAGAAAAAGAAGAUGCAGAAUCAACUCUCAGGCGCAAUUGUUAUGGAGAAGCCAAACAUCAAGUGGGUUGAUGUUGCUGGUUUAGAAGGAGCCAAGGAGGCCCUGAAAGAAGCUGUGAUUCUCCCUAUCAAAUUUCCUCACCUUUUUACUGGAAAGAGAACACCAUGGAGGGGGAUCCUGCUCUUUGGACCUCCAGGUACAGGAAAAUCUUACCUUGCUAAAGCAGUCGCCACAGAGGCAAACAACUCGACUUUCCUGUCCGUCUCCUCUGCUGACCUUGUAUCCAAAUGGUUGGGUGAAAGUGAAAAAUUAGUUAAGAAUCUGUUCGCCCUUGCGAGGGAACACAAGCCUUCCAUUAUCUUCAUUGAUGAGAUCGACUCACUCUGCGGCUCCAGAAGCGAGAACGAGAGCGAGGCGGCACGCCGUAUCAAGACGGAGUUCCUGGUGCAGAUGCAAGGUGUUGGAAAUGACAAUGAAGGAGUGCUUGUACUUGGGGCAACAAACAUUCCAUGGACCCUCGACGCUGCCAUCAGAAGAAGGUUUGAGAAGAGGAUCUACAUUCCGCUGCCCGAAGAACACGCUCGCUCCUUCAUGUUCAAGCUCCACCUGGGCUCCACCCCAAACAGUCUCACAGACUCGGACUUCGUCACACUGGGCAAGAAAACAGACGGCUACUCGGGCGCGGAUAUUAGUGUCAUCGUCAGAGACGCACUCAUGCAGCCUGUUAGAAAGGUCCAAGCGGCAACCCACUUUAAAAAGGUGAAUGGACCAUCGAGAUCGGAUCCCCAAAUAGUUGUACACGACCUCUUGACUCCUUGCUCGCCUGGCGAUCCCAACGCAUUUGAGAUGACAUGGAUGGACGUCCCCGGAGAGAAGCUUCUGGAACCUGUAGUUUGCAUGUCUGACAUGCUGAGGUCUCAGUCCAACACCAAGCCUACCGUCAAUGAGCAGGAUCUGGGAAAACUGAAAAAAUUCACAGAGGACUUUGGACAGGAAGGCUAGUUUUCAUUUUGUGAAGCAGGCCAAAGCGAAGCAAAAUAAUUGCAAUGUUCUAUUUCAUGUUUAUUUCUUCUGCCUGUCUCAUCUUCUUAGUCUGAUAACCACAGAAAGGCCGUAGAAACAAAUUUUAUUUGACACUCAAUGCUCUCUAAAUAGAUCUCAUUUAAGCUUUAUAACAAAUGUAAUGGGGUUUCCGACUUCUAAAGGUGUUAAUGCAAAGAUAUCCAGGCUACCUAGUUGGACGAAGGUUAUGCACACGUAAUUCUUGUCGGUGACCAAUAAGCGCCCUGUCUUCUCUGUGUUGUAUAAAUAAGCAACACGCAUUUUAUAUAAUAUGACAUUUUGUGGUAUCAUACAUUGGCUGUGGGAAGUGAAGCAGCAUUGGGUUUCUUAUACGUGUCCAUAGUCUCAGUGUGGUAGAUAUAGUACAGGCAUUUAAGACUUUUUGAGUCAUUCAUGAUGAGAGUUUCAUUAGAGCCAAGGUUAGGUUUGUCAGUCCACUCUCACAGCAAUUGUAUGCGUUCAGCGGAUCACCAAAGGUGCCGGAGCAGCAUUAUUUGAAACAUCUUUUUGUCACUCAGUUUCUCUUUUUUUUAAUCACACCCCACUGGACGCGUGUUUCAUUUUUUAUAUAGGAACUCAUGCUGUUUAUUAACUGCUAACAAAAAGCCUUAUAUAAAGAUCAUCUUUGUUAAUUUUGACAUAACAAGCUGAAGUCGGAGGCUUGUUUGUACAUUCAAGCAAAUAGGGAAACAUCUCCAAUUAAAUGUGACGCUGUGCAUCCUGUGCCUUCAAGAGAAGCUGUUUAUUUUUGUAUGGGCUUGUCUCAAUUUAUCAUAGUGCUUCACUAUGUAUAAUACUUGCACAUUUCCUGUACACUCUUAUACGGAAUGAAAACUACUCUUUUUUCGUUGUUUUGAUGGGGUAUCUAUCUAUACUGUAAAAUAUUCUAUACAAACAAAACCAUGUCUCUUCAAGAGGUCAACUUUUACGUGUUGUACGUGGUUUUUUUCGUUUGUUUCUGAAAUGUAAAUAAAAUAUAACUACGUCAGA